AAAUUCAAGGACCAGGAGGAUAUCCCUUAUGUCCCAAAGUGUCGUGAUCACAACAUAAGGAAAGAGAGAACUACCAGGAAGAAAUUACGCCUGGAAGCUUGCCAACCACGCACGAAAAGGGAGGCCUUUGAGAAGGCAAAGGUAGCCCUGGGUGAGAGUGAAGAAACCCGAAAGCAGCGAGAGAGACGUCAAUAUGGUAGAAGCCGGAAAGGAACCAGGAAAGCAUGGAGGAAGAGGGACGACCAACAAGAAGACGAACCACAAAGUAUCUGGUAUGAAACCACGUUAGCCUCAAAGGAACAUGAUGAUGAGAUGCGGAAAUCGCGAGGAGACCUGGUUGUAACUGAGAUUCGUCUCGAGAGGGGCCAACGCGGUAAGAGGACAGAAUCAAUGGAGAGAGGCAUGAUGUCAGAAACGUUUGGAAGUAGCGAAUCGAAUCAAGUUGAUGGAGGACCUACCAUAGGAAUACCGGACAAGGGCGAGAAUAGGUUGAACGGUCAUGAUAAAAUCAUACCUGUUGAUACAAUUGAACCUAUUAAAAAGAAAGAAGGAUUGAGAGUCGAUAAUGGAGUGCAAAAAAAUCAAUAUAAUACAAUCCAACCUACCUCGAGGGAGCCAGACGGGAACGGAGUAAUGUUGGUACCGACCAGUGAUAUCAUGAUUACAAGUUAUGAUGAUCCGGAAGGACGUAGCAAAAAGGAAAACGGAAAAUUAGUAAUUAAUGGCACAAGGUAUUGGAACACAGACGGACUUACCAUGAAGAGACCUAAAGCAAAUAGGGAUAAAACAGAGUAUGAAAUGGAAGGAGAGAUAAUAUUUGUAAGUAUGUGGGAACCAUGUGACCCUGAGGACAGCAGAAAUGAUAAUGUUACGGAAAAGGAAUCUACAAAUGAUGCUGAAUUAGAUACAACUGUCGGUGUGCCUAUUAACCACCAAGAUGAUGGAGAAGAAGUAGUGUUGGUACCAACCAGUGUCAUCACGAUUGUAAGUUGUGAUGAUUCAGGAGAACAUGAUAAAAAAACAAAUCGGGGAUUAGUGAGUAGUGGCAUGAGGCAUGGGGAUACGGAUGAACUUACCGGGGGGAGAUCUGACACGGAUAGAGUGGGAUUGGGUAGAGUGGGAAAUGAAGGAGGGGCCGGUAGUUGUGAGCACGUGGAAACCAGGGGUACCAGGAAACAAAGCAUGGCGACGAUAGGCGAACAUGCACCUAUACGAGUACACUGCGCUAUGAUGAUAACCAUUAUGACGGUUCUGAUGAGUAACAGAACCGUCCUAAAAUCUGAAAGCACAAGGAUAGUGCGACAUACUGUUAGAGAUGCCCCUGACAAACAAGAUAAAGAUAAGAUCAACCAAGACAUGAAAGGGUGGU